UUCUACACCGUUCAACCGAGAGACAUAAACCCACUCAUUUCUGAAACUUAAACCCUAGCAGCAACCUUUGUUUUGUCUCAUCAAAAACCCUAAAAACCAAAAAUCGCAAAUUUCCCAAAUCUCUCAAACCCUAAUCAUGCCCGCUAAGAACAACCGCAAGAAGAAUUCACGCGACCCAUUUUUCGACGACGGUCCCACCAAACGCCGCAGAGUAGCCGCCGACGAGGAUCAAGAUGCUGAGAUUGAAAGUGAUAGUGAUUUUGACGAAGAUGGUUUUGUUCCAUCGAAAGGUGAAGGGGAACAGGAGUCUGAAGAGGAAACUACAGCUGAAGCUAGGAAGAGACUAGCUGAGGAGUAUUUGAGGAAGUUUAAAGACAGUGCUAGGAGAGAGAAGGAACAAAGAGAUGAAGAUGGUGAUGGAAGUGAUGAUGAUGAUGAUGAAGAUGAGGAUGGGGUGAGGGAUUCGCUAUCUACGAAGAUGAUAAAGGAGCAGCAAGAGGAGAGUGGUCGCAUCAGAAAAGCUAUUGCUUCAAGGGUUAAAUUGGAUGGUGAUGGUGGAUUUGAAAAUUUAGUGAAGCAUAAACAAUGUGUCACUGCGGUGGCUUUAUCUGAGGACGAUUCUAAGGGGUUUUCGGCUUCGAAAGAUGGAAGCAUUGUGCAAUGGGAUGUUGAGAGCGGGAAAUGUGAGAGGUAUAAGUGGCCCAUUGAUUCGGUUCUGAAGUCUCAUGGCUUGAAGGAUCCUCAAGGUUCUGCUGCAAAGCAAAGUAGACAGAUUUUGACUUUGGCUGCAAGUUCGGAUGGUCGCUAUUUGGCAACUGGGGGACUUGAUCGUCAUAUUCAUAUAUGGGAUACACGCACUAGGGAGCAUCUUCAGGCUUUUCCUGGUCAUAGAGGUCCUGUUUCUUCUCUGGCUUUUAGGGAAGGAAGUACCGAGCUAUUUUCUGGAUCGUUUGAUCGAACGGUUAAGAUAUGGAAUGUUGAGGACAGAACUUACAUGAAUACUCUGUUUGGCCAUCAAAGUGAAGUAUUAAGUAUUGAUUGUUUACGCAAAGAAAGGGUAUUAUCUGCUGGCCGUGAUCGUAGUAUGCAGUUGUUUAAGGUCCACGAAGAGUCACGUCUUGUAUUUCGUGCUCCUGCAUCUUCUUUAGAAUGCUGCUGUUUUGUUAAUAAUGAGGAAUUCUUGUCUGGUUCGGAUGAUGGUAGCAUUGAGCUUUGGGGUGCAGUACGAAAGAAGCCUAUUCAUAUUUUGAGGAAUGCUCAUGCUUUACUGACAGAUAGCAAGAAAUCUGACCAAAACGAUAGUGAAAGACUACCCAACGGUAACCUAGAAAAUGGUCACCACCAUCCCGAGAAUCACCAUUGUUCUUCAGUACACUCUUGGGUCAGUGCAGUGACCGUCUGUAGGAACAGUGACCUUGCCGCAUCUGGUGCGGGUAAUGGUUUUGUUAGAUUAUGGACAAUUGAAAACGAGACCAAAGACAUUAAACCUCUUCAUAAUGUACCGUUGGUUGGGUUUGUGAAUUCUUUGGCUUUUGCGAAAUCAGCAAAAUUCCUUGUUGCUGGAGUUGGGCAGGAACCGCGUCUAGGAAGAUGGGGAAGAAUACGUGAAGCUCGAAAUGGAGUUUCAAUUCUUCCACUUAAAUUGUCAUGAGAUGUGAGGCAACGAUUGUACCUCUUCAAUUUUGACUAAUUCCAAAUGCAACAUUGAGUUGAAAGAUAUCUCUGUCCGUGAUCUUAAUUAUAUGUAUCAAUUACAUUUGUUAUUAUUAGUGCCCGAUUGUUUGAGAAUUUUGAAUCAUGAUACGAGGUUCCUACAUUGAAAAAGACUUGAGGACUCGAGUUGAACUUAUUUAGUUUCAAGAAAUCAACUGUUUUUUCUUUUAUA